AUGGCGUUAAGAGUUGCAUAUGAAAGUUCCUCCGAAAUAGGAGUUUUUGCUAAUCUUACUAAUAGAUAUUGUCUAUUAGCUCAUGGUUCCUCUGCAGCAUUUACAUCGGUCUUUGAAGCAGAAUUGAUGGACCAUAUUCCUAUUAUUAAUACUCUUAUAGGAGGUACAAGGCUAGUAGGAAGAUGUACCGUUGGAAACCGCAACGGUCUUUUGGUCUCAAACAUGGCAACUGAUCAAGAGCUUCAACAUUUAAGGAAUAGUUUGCCAGAUAAUGUAAAAGUUCAGAGAAUAGAGGAACGUUUAAGUGCUUUAGGAAACUGUAUUGCAUGCAACGACUACGUUGCUCUUAUCCAUACAGAUAUGGAUAAGGAGUCUGAGGAGAUCAUUCAGGAUGUACUUGGAGUAGAAGUGUUUAGGACCACAAUAGCUGGUCAUGUGUUGGUAGGUAGUUAUGCAAAAUUCACAAAUCAAGGUGGGAUUGUGCAUACAUUGGCAUCUGAAGAUGAAAUGAAUGAAUUGUCGGCAUUACUCCAAAUCCCAAUUACUUCUGGGACCGUUAAUAGAGGAAGUGAUGUUGUUAGUGCAGGUAGUGUAGUGAAUGACUGGGCAGGUUUCGUAGGUAUGGAGACCACUGCCGCAGAGAUGGCAGUUAUAGAAAGAAUUUUCAAACUUGGAACCUAUAGUAGUGUAAAUAACCCAGACGAAGUGCGUGAGAGAGAUAUUAAGCUUAAGUCAUCAAUAAUAGAUACACUUGCGUGA